ACAACUGCAGAGCUCCCUCCAAGAUGCUGCUGAUCCUCCUCUCAGUGGCCUUGCUGACCCUGAGCUCAGCUCAGCCCCUGUCUGAAGAGGUCAGCAAUGAAGAACUUCUCGACCUCAUAUCAGAUGUAGACAAAUCAAACUCAAACGGGGAGCUUCCAGUACCACCUCCUGGAGGAACUGGAGGACCACCACCUAGACCCCCUCCUAACGGUGAAGACCAAGGUGAUGAAGCUGAGCUAGCAGCAGACCCACAAGAUGGUGAAGCUCCGCAGGGACCACCCCAAGAAGGGGAACCCCAGCAGGGCCCACCCCCACAAGAUGGUGAACCUCAGGAGGAACCACCCGCAGAUGAGGAAACUGAGCAGACAGAAGACUGACCCCCCAGGCCCACCACAGCAGUAAUCUGAAAUUCAGCGACAGAUAAUUAAUAUGAAGAUACCAGUGCUUCAGAAAGCCAUGAUAUUAGAACAAGGCAUUCUGUCUUCAAUUUACCAAUAAAAUAUUCA